AUGAAGGGGGCACUUCUUCUGCUGGCCUUGCUGGUGACUGGAGAGCUGGGCUUCCAGACAACGGAAGCAUGCAUACCUUUCUUUGGCGUCUAUUUGGGUAUUCUCUCUGGAUACAGGAUUUGGUUACAUAAGGAACUUGCUGCAUUUCAUCCUACUGCGGAGGAAAAGAAGGCUUUUGAAAAAAUCCAGGACUGCUAUGAGGAGGAAGGACUAAAAGCUAAAACUGAAGAUAUGAAAUUUAUG